GUGGGUGAAAGCUGCUCGUUCCUUCCAGCUUGUGACCUUUGACCUCUGGAAACAUCUGCUGGAAACCUGAACACAAAGAGCAGCUCUGAGUACCAGCCUGAAGAGACUGAAGUAAGGAUGGCAGUUUGGGACAAAAAGAUUCUCUGGGCCGUCAUGUUGGUCCUGACAGGAGCUCUGGGUCAAAGAGUGAGCGAUCCAGAUCCUGUUGUGAACUAUCCAGAUCCUGUUUGUGGUGUGAAAGGAUCGACCGUCCUCCUCCCCUGCUCCUUCACACCACUGGAGUCUGUCUUUGUCAAUAGAAGACAAGUUUUGAUCGAGAUCAUCAGAGUCGUCUGGUGCCCGAACCAUGAAAUCUGUCAGGGACCGACUCCGUCUGUGUACGACAGCGAAUCAAACAACAACGACCUUCGUUACAGAUACCUGGGAGACAAGAGGGGAGACUGCACUCUACAGAUCUCAGAUUUACAGGAGGAAGAUGGCGCAACUUUACGCUUCAGAAUGGAAGCUAAUGAUCGCAGAGCGAAUUUCGUUGGCCAACCAGGAGUGAGAGUCACAGUCGCAGAUGGUGCUCAGAUGAAGAUAAGAAGCUCCAGAGAUGACGGAGAGUUUAAAAGAGGGGAAGCAGUCACACUGAACUGUUCAGCAAUCUGCACUAUCCACCAACUGGAGGUCACCUGGUUCAGAGAUGGCCACGCCCUCUCAGAGACUGGCCCCGCCCUCCAUCUCAGCUAUCUGACUGCAGAGGAUUCUGGGAACUACACCUGUGGUUUGAAGAAGAACAGGCGCACACUCUCAGUGCCGUACAGCCUGCAUGUAGAGGAAGGAGGAGGGGGAGGUCUGCAUCUGAUCGUUCGUCUGGUGGUCGGGGGCCUGCUGGUUCUCUUCGCUGUUAUUGUGAUCGUCUGCAUCAUCAAAAGAACGGCGAAGAAGGCCGAGGACUCCGACAGCUCUGGAGCCAUCUACAGCACAGGCUGAAGACAAACCACACCAUGAUGGCAGAUAAACUUUUUUUAAUGUUUU